GCAAAGUAUAUAGUCUAGUGUUUCAUUGUGGUAUUAUAUUACGUCAGCAUAUCUUUGGGGAAAGACUUGUAUAAAUAUUGCUUUUUGGUUCAUCCAAUACGGCAAUAGCUAGAACGAGGCCCAUCCAAUAGUCAUUAUUAAACUCCCCCCUUGGCUUGAGACAGAGAGAGAUCUUCUUAAUCUUCAAACUAAAGAUACCCUAUUGGCCGUGAUAUAUCCUACUUUGCACGGCUGAACAUGAUGAAGAGUUUUCAUUUAUACCCGCUGUUCAUGUUGCUUGUCAUGAUGUACAACAUGCACUGUGUCCAGGCAGCGAACUGUGACAGAUCUUAUGGUCCAGCUGGUACCGUACAUUGCAUUCAGAGUUCUCGCUACAAUGACUAUCAGUGGGCCACAUGUCGUACCGACAACUACGUCCGGACGAAAUCCAAUGGGAGACACGCUUGCAUAGACCGAACAAGAACUUACUGUUAUUACCAGUGCAUGAUUGACGUCUAUGACAGAAGUUCUGGCGAUGUCUUUCUCAAUUGUAAGUGCUCCCCUUUUGACCCCAAGCCCACUCAACGGGUUAAAUUGCCUGACUGGUGCUACAGCCCUGAUGGAACAAACUGUAACUGGUAUAGUAACUGUCUUAAGAAAGCUUAUCCUUAUUGUGAAAACGACAAAGACGACUACAGCAUCAUGUAUACCGAAAAAUUUUGUAGACUUUACGAUGAUCAAUACGACAAAUUUUCCCAGAAAGGAGCACAAUGGAUCAACGCUGUCAGAAAAUGUAUCCAACUCAAACUGGUUCCACUGGUUGACAAAACACGCGUUAGGACGUGUUCUGAUCUGAAAUACACAGCAUUCAAAACACACUCACCCUGCUACACCAAUCCUGAGAAUUCGCAAUCGUCAUCAAUUUCGUACUGCAACUUAUCUCCCCAGGAUAGGAAUGUUGUGUUUUGGACCAUUAAAUCAGCAUUUCGUGCGGCAUAUUGGCCAAGUUUGAAAGGUCUGUUAGACGUCAGACGUGAUUGUGAAAAUAGAGAAGGCAGCCGAAAACAACGGAAGGUCCAGGAUAUGAUCCUAGAAGAAGUGACGAGAGAAAUUGGAGAAACCAAAACCAACUCCGUGGACGAGAAAAUCCGAGAAACAGAAGUGAGAAUCAAAGUUUGGCUACGAAAUUUUGUGAGUCCGAUUCAGCUUUCCAUGAACAUAAAUAAACAUGGCUGGACGUCCAAGCGAAGAAAAAGAUCCGCCCCAAGUAAUCAAGAAAUUAAGGAUUCCAAAUUUGCCGGGAAGGUCAUCGAUGCAAUCGCUUCACAAGGAAGAUGGCAGGAGAAGGGAAUUACUUGGUUUGCUUAUGCAAAAAACGAAAUAGGACAGGAUCACACGAAGUCGAUCAGAUUUUUCGUAGCUGACCGUUACAAGUACAAAGAUGGCCUGGGAACAAUCAAGCCAACGACCAUCGCUGAUGUUUUGAUCCAGCUCAGUACAGAUAUUCUCAACGGGACUCUUUAUGUAAGUGUGGAUGGAAGUUCUGUUGACAUCGUGAAGUUAAAUGGCUGUUUAGAUAUGGAUUGUGAUAUACAUGCAUUUGAUAUCGAAUCAAGCGGCGUAUUUCUCAAAGCAAUGCAUACAAUAGCAUACUUAAUCAUCUUGAGUAUCAACUUUAUCUUUGUGUGAUAAGAACUUUAUCACCGCCUCUAACUUUACUGAUAUGCCAGGGAUAAGUAUUUGUGUUGUUUUUACCAAACUAUGACUUUUUUGCACAUGAUUAGUUUUAGCAUGCAUGAUAUAGUCAAUUGCACUUACAAAAUAUAUAAUCUAAAGUAGUUGAUUCAGUGAGUUUUAUUAUCAAGAACAAUAUGUAAUCAAAAUUUUCAGGUCAUUAAAC